AUGAUUAGAGUCUAUUCAGACAACAUAAAAAGAAUGGUGUUGAGUGAUAGUUUUCACUGUAAAUUUUAAUAUUUAAAUCUGUACGCCAAACAAACCCCAAGUUCGUAUUUAACUUCCUAUCCUUUGUUCCUCAACUUGCCUUCUUCAUAACCAAGUCAAUAGCCAAAACUUGAAACAAAAAACAUCGUCCUUCUUAGUCCAAUGUCUCUUUCUCUUUAACAACCCCCGCCCCCAUAGUUCUCCACAACAAUAUUAAAGCCUUGAAACCCCAUUGACAUGCCUGUACCAAAUACCAAGCAAGGUUAGGUGAAAUAUAGCAACCUUAAGCACCAUCAAAGCCUUCCUUAUGCAGCAUAACCUGACAAGGGUUCUUGAGAUUCUCCUCUGUUGUUGAUCAGGAGGUGAAUUGCCAAAUGACAAAAACUACAACUACCCAUUGAAGAGGAGGAACUCAAAGUACUGUUGUUUUGGCUUUUGGUGUUGUCCUGCCUUGUUGUGUUUGGACAAAAUGCAGCUGCAGAUAUCACCAAGUUUGAGGCAUGUCACUGUGCUUCCGGCUAAAGGGUUGAAGGAAUUUAUCAAAGUGACAGUUGCAUCAAGGAAGCUUUCUUAUCGGAUGCUCUUCUAUGCACUCUUGUUCUUCACUUUUCUUCUCCGGUUUGUGUUUGUUUUAACAGCAGUGGAUAGCAUUGAUGGAGAAAACAAGUGCUCUACGAUAGGUUGCCUGGGAAAAAAACUGAGGCCAAAGAUUUUGGGAAGAAGUCUUGAACCAGCUGUCCCGGAAGUGAUAUACGGAAUAUUAAAUCAACCCCUAGGCAAAGUUGAACUAGAGGGAAGGUCUGAUAUCCCUCAGACUUUAGAAGAGUUCAUGGCCGAAAUGAAGGAAGGUAGAUAUGAUGCAGAGACAUUUGCAAUUAAACUACGAGAAAUGGUAACUCUUAUGGAACAAAGAACCAGGACUGCCAAAAUCCAAGAAUAUUUAUAUCGUCAUGUAGCAUCAAGCAGCAUACCUAAACAGCUUCACUGCCUUGACUUGAGGCUGGCCAAUGAGCACACCAACAAUGCAGCAGCACGCCUUCAGCUACCCUCAGCAGAACUUGUCCCUGCCCUGGUUGACAACUCCUAUUUCCACUUUGUCCUUGCCUCAGACAAUGUGCUGGCAACCUCUGUGGUUGCCACAUCACUUGUCCGCAACAGUUUGCGACCUCAGAAAGUUGUUUUGCACAUAAUCACAGAUAGAAAGACAUAUUAUCCCAUGCAGGCUUGGUUUUCAUUGCAUCCUUUAUCACCUGCUAUAAUUGAGAUCAAGGCAUUGCACCAUUUUGAUUGGUUUACAAAGGGAAAAGUUCCUGUGCUGGAAGCAAUGGAAAAAGAUCAACAUGUACGAUCACAGUUUAGAGGGGGUUCAUCAGCUAUAGUUGCAAAUACUACUGAGAAGCCACAUGUCAUUGCAGCAAAGCUGCAAGCACUUAGUCCCAAGUAUAAUUCAGUGAUGAAUCACAUUCGGAUAUAUCUUCCAGAGUUGUUCCCAAGCCUUAACAAGGUGGUCUUCCUCGAUGAUGACAUUGUAGUACAAACAGAUCUUUCACCUCUGUGGGACAUUGACAUGAAUGGAAACGUCAAUGGAGCAGUAGAAACAUGCAGUGGAGGAGAUAAGUUUGUGAUGUCAAAGAGGUUGAAAAGCUAUUUGAACUUUUCCCACCCUCUAAUAUCCACAAAUUUUGAUCCCAAUGAAUGCGCUUGGGCUUAUGGCAUGAACAUUUUCGACCUGGCAGCUUGGAGGAAGACCAAUAUAAGCUUUACAUACCAUUACUGGGUAGAGCAGAAUAUAAAAUCAGACCUCAGUUUGUGGCAGCUAGGGACAUUACCACCCGGAUUAAUAGCAUUCCAUGGUCAUGUCCACACUAUUGAUCCUUUCUGGCACAUGCUGGGAUUGGGAUAUCAGGAAAAUACAAGUUUUGCAGAUGCUGAGAGUGCUGGUGUCAUCCAUUUCAAUGGCAGGGCAAAGCCAUGGCUAGAUAUAGCUUUUCCACAACUAAGGCCAUUGUGGACCAAGUAUAUUGACUUCUCGGAUUACUUCAUCAAGAGCUGUCACAUCAGGGCAUCGUAGCUUGGAUCUUGAGAAAAUGUGGCCUUUAUGAUCAGUGAAGAAAAGUUAUUUGCAUAUAUAAGGAAAGAUGAAAAUCAGAGGACUUCCAAGCAUAAGCCCCCAUCCACGACAAAGAAGAGACAACAAUGAUAUGGCAUGAUGCUCCCUUCUUGUUAUAAUAAUUUUUAACUUUUCAGUUGAAAUUCUCAAUUCUUUUUCUCGUCAAAUUAACAUUGUAAGUAUGAGUAUUUGUAUAUCAUAUAUGUAUGUAUAAAGAAAAUGCAGUUCUUUCGGGAAACAAACAAGCAAGCUGAUGGCUUAAAAAUAAGCUUUUAGUAAGAUGAAAUAAAAGAUUUCGAGGAAAAGACAAAAGGACAAUUGAAAAUCCUAUUUUGUUGCCCAUUUAUAUAAUAUAUCACAAUAACAGCAAAGCUUUUACCAUGAUGUAUUUGAUAUGCAGACAGUAGUAUCCUGCAAUCUAUGACGUCAUGUUUUUCGCAAAAAUACAUGGAUGCGUAAGUAUACUGUAUGCAAAAUAUCAAAAACUUAGAAUUAUCUCCCAAAGCAACCUGACUUCUGAAUCAGAAUGGUUGGUACCAUUACAUGCCCUACAUUCACUGAUACAAGUUCAAUCAAGUGGAAAUUUGUUGAAAGUUGCCAAAUUAAGUAAAUGCCUUUA